CUAACAGGAAGCAUGACAUUCAGAAGACAAGACUGCAGAGAAUGCCACAGGCUACACAUAAACAUAAAAUACUGGCAGAAGACAUCAACUAUAAGUGUUGUGCCUGUGUUUGCUUCUUUCUUUGAAACUGCACUGCUGGCAAACUCGGCAGCAUGGCUGGAAAACAUUAAAACAUUUGAGAUGGUGGCGGGCAACCUCUCGCUGUCUGAAAUCUGUUAAGCUACGUUCUGGUUCCUUUUAGUCGACAGAAUGCUGAUGAACCACACAAACCAAACAGAGGAUGACCUCUUCUCCUGCUACAGUCCUUCAGUUGUGGUCUACCGGUACUUCGCUGUGCUGUGGGGAUGUGCUGUGACCGUCACUGGUACGGUGGGAAACCUGAUGACCAUUAUAGCCUUCGCCUUAGACCCACGUCUGAGGACUCGCUUCAAUGUGCUCAUCGUCAACCUGGCGGUAGCUGAUCUGCUGUACUGCACCAUACUGCAGCCCAUCUCGGUUGACUCCUAUCUACACCUCAGAUGGCGCAGUGGUCAGCUCUGGUGCAGCAUCUUCGGCCUGCUCCUCUUCCUCUCCAACUCUGUCUCCAUUAUCACCCUCUGCCUGGUGGCAGUGGGCAGAUAUCUCCUGGUUGCAAAAAGGGCUGUGUUUGAGCGUGUCUUCUCAGACCGUGGUCUCAUUUUACUCCUGAUCUCAGCGUGGGCACUAGGCCUGGCCAGCUUUGGCCCGAUAUGGCCUGCUUAUGUGUUCGUGCCACAGGUGUGCACAUGCAGCAUCCACCGGAUCAGGGGUCGCCCCUACACCACCAUCCUCCUCUUUUUCUACUUUUUUAUCGGUCUGGGCUGCGUUGGUGUAUUCUACCUCCUCAUUUACAGGCGUGUCCAGAUCGCCUCACAGGCGCUGCUCCGCUACAGGUUCAGCCGACGAUCAUCCAGGAAGAAACCACCUUCUUCUUCAGCACAAGGGACUGAUGACAGUGGUGUAGAAAGUGGCACAGCCAACACACACAGCUGUGAGAUGAGCAGCCAGGUGGACCCAGCACAACAUACAGAUGAGAUAAUUUGUGAAAAAUUCCCCCAGUCUACCCCGGUUACUGCCAAGGCCUUAAAUACAUCAGCAAACAAGUCUCCUCCUGAAAUCGUCCCUACACCACCUUCCCCCACAUCUGCUCCCACCACUGCAGCAUCCUCGUCCCACACCCCAGCCUCAGGAGAUGAUAAGGAAAUAAAGCAUGUGACACGCAUGUGCUUCACAGUUUUUCUGUGUUUUGUGUUCUGCUUUGUCCCGUUCAUAUUGCUCAACAUAGUCGACAAAAAUAAUCGUGCCCCACAGGUACUGCACAUGUUCUGUGCAAACCUCACCUGGCUCAACAGCUGUAUCAACCCCGUGCUGUAUGCUGUCAUGAACCGACAGUUUCAACAGGCCUACCACGUUCUUUUCACCAGGGCUGCCACGCUAUUCACCAGCCUCUGGACCUAGUAAAUUGGUGUUUCUAUUCAUAUAAUGACAGUGAUAUUCUGAUGAAAUAAUGUAGCGCAACUUGCAUUCAGCCACUAUUAAGUCUUGAGUUGUUUGUCUUGGUGAUUCAUUUAAAAAGUAGAAAUGAGGAAGGAUGGAGAAAAAGCAGAAGAAAGUGUGUGAGUGUGUGUGAGUGUGUGUGUGUGUGUGUGUGUGGGGGGGGG